GCGGAUGGCUCUGCGACCCACGAUUGGAAAUCCAGAAGGUGCGUUUUGCCCGGCGGUGUCUCGCCUGGCCGGGAUCUGCGCUCUUCUCCCCAUCAUCUUUGCCAAUGGCGACAACCGUCCAUAUCUCGGCCUCGGCCUCGACCAAGCGCCCGACCGAGCCGCACAUCCACUUCUUUGCCGGCGGCAUAGCAGGCCUGGUGAGCUGUCUGGUACUCCAGCCGCUGGAUGUUGUCAAAACCAGGCUGCAGCAAGAGCGCCAGCCCCACCCCUCCGCAUCAUCGGUUUCGGGAUCGACGACAUCAACGCUCCACCGUCCGUGGUUCUCGUUGAACCGGCUAUAUUCCGUUGCCAUCUUCUCGAAAGCCAGACAGAUAGUGGUUCAAGAGUCUGUGUGGACCCUAUGGAGAGGAACGCUGGCGACCAUGCUCCGGGCGGCUCCAGGCAGCGCCAUUUAUAUGACCUCGCUGACCGAGGUCCGCAAGCUAUUGAAGCACGGAUUUCAGGAAGAUCGAUUGAUGGGCAUCACCAUGAACGACGGUACCAUCAACAUGGUUUCUGGUGCCUUGACUAGGUCCAUCGGGUUGGUGAUGAUGCCGGUCUCGGUCGUCAAGUCGAGAUACGAGAGCGAUCUCUACAAUUACAAGAGCCUAUGGGAGGCAUUCACUUCAAUUCGCAAGACGGAAGGCAUCCGCGGGCUCUUCAACGGCUUCACGGCGACAGCCCUACGCGAUGCACCCUAUGCUGGCCUCUAUCUCCUCUUUUAUGAAAACAGCAAGGCGAUGUUGAAAGCUGCUCGCUUGCCGUUCCUGCAAGAGUCGGUUUCGAUCAACUUUACGUCUGCGACGUCAAGUAGCAUCGUCGCCACGCUUCUCACCCAGCCGUUCGAUGUCAUCAAAACGCGGAUGCAGAUCAAGCCGCAUCUGUACAAAUCCACGACCCAAAGCAUCGCACUCAUCAUGAAGGAGGAAGGGCUACUUGGACUUUUCUCAGGCCUGAGUCCGCGACUCGUGCGAAAGGCUUGCAGCGCUGCAAUCACAUGGACCCUGUACGAAGAACUUGUCAAGAUUGGUCGCAAGUUGUAUACGUAGCGUCCGCCGGAUCCCCGCAUUCACAUCGACGUAUGCAACCCAGCAUGUCGAUCUGUUGGCAUUAUCCGCAUCUCAAAGCGCUCCUGCUGGACAGCCCACUGGUGUGCGGUAGACUAGGCGAUUAUACAAAUAAGCUUAUCGCAAGCCACCGCUCCCCCGCAUGUGAUUCGCACACCGAGCUUUAUUCCGUUGUCGAGGAAAAUGGUCGUUUCCCUCCGAAUUCCAUGUAUCCGCAGUCUGUCCGGCGCACCCAACACCGCUAUGCAUGGCUCCUGAUUUCAGCAGAUAGACGGAUUGUCUCGCUCUGUCUGUCAGAAGUUGCAUUUUGGGUCGCUCAUGUGUGCAAUGUGAGCAAGCCAUGCGAUUGUUUCCCGUCCUGGUUGGCAAUCACUCUGUGUGGUGCAUUCGCUCGACCACCUGGACAGCUCCAUGGUUUCUCGAUAUCAAGAUGCUCGGCC